AUGUCUUCUGUGUCAACGUUGCCAUAUAUAGGCAGUAAAAUUUCUUUAAUUUCAAACUCCGAAAUAAGAUAUGAAGGAAUUUUGUACACGAUAAAUACGCACGAGUCGACCGUUGCAUUGCAAAACGUUAGAUCAUUUGGAACGGAGGGGAGAAGACAGCCGGACAUUCCCCCAUCAAGUGAAAUUUACGAUUUUAUAAUAUUUAGAGGAAAAGAUAUAAAAGAUGUAACCGUUAGUGAAGCUCCGAAGACUAUUCCGGACGAUCCAGCGAUCGUUUCCAUGAACAUAGCACCAUCGUCUAAAAAUAAUUUGAGCGAUAAUAUAAAUUAUAACAAUAAUGUAAAUAUGAAUAAACCGAUGAACACUCAAAACAAUAUGAUGCAACAACAAAAUGAUAGAAAUAUGAACUUAAAUAAUAGACGAUAUUUUAAUAGGCAGAAUUACAAUUUUUACUAUAAUAAUAACCCUAACAAUAGUGGUAAUAAUCACAACAAUAAUAAUAACAGCGGAAGAAACUUUAACAAUUUUAGAUAUAAGAAUUUUAGAAAUUAUGAUAGGCCUUACAUUAUUGGGGAGCUGGAGUCACAACCGAAUCCAGCCCUAAAAAGCAAAUUCAGCCCGGACUUUGACUUUAGUACAAAUAAUCUAAAGUUUGAUAAAAGCACCAUACUGGAGGAAAAGAAUAAAGAGCAGUUAACGCUGAAUAACAAUAUUCAAGUAGGAGGGUAUGAUAAGAACUCUAGCUUUUUUGAUAACAUUAGUUGUGAAACGUUAGAUAAACAACAGGGUAAGGAUGAAAGAGUGGACCGAGACAAAUUAAGAAUGUUAGAUGUAGACACCUUUGGAAUAGCUGCAGCGCACUAUCGAACCGCUGGACACAAUCGAAACAACAACAGGAAUAAAAUGAGAAACAAUAGAAAUAACAAAAUGAUGGGGAACUUCAACUACAACUAUUAUAAUAGAAAUCAAAACCCGUUUAACAGGUAUCCUGCUUAUUAG